AUGCCACCAAAACGCCAAAAAGCCCCUGAGCCAGCUUCAACACCCGAGCCCAAAAGGCGCGUGACGCGAUCAUCUACCAAAAUAAAUACAAAAUAUACAAGCCAGUCAUUAGACUUAUCAAUCGACUCGCCGGAGGCGGAACCAAAUGCGUCGAAAGAAACGCGCGCGCCCAAGCCUAAGAAGCGUUCACCAAAGGAUGUGAAACCAAAGACAGACGCGCAGCCCGAUCAAGAAAGCGACUCAGCACCUCAGAAUCGCACAAACCUCACCAUAACACACGACCUCGUCAAGAAACCAAUUGAAUGUCACCAAUACACUCCCACAUCAUCGCCAUCCACCCCACCACCAACCCUGAUAUUCACCCACGGCGCAGGCGGCACACUUUCAGCCGACGCCGUGGUAAACUUCUGCACCGGAUACUCCUCUUCUAUCCCCAUUCUCGCUUUCCAAGGCUCGAUGAAUCUCAAAGCGCGUACCAAGGGCUUCCACGCAUGUAUUGAUGAGCUGAACUCCAGUCAAUCGACUGCACAAAAGGGAGCAAAAGAGGACACGUCUGGUUCAAAGACAUUGUUACUAGGUGGGCGAAGCAUGGGCGCCCGAGCCGCUGUAAUUGCAGCUACCGAACAUCUCGCCUCGCUAGACGACAAGGAAAAAGAAGAACUGAGCAUACAGCUCAUACUCGUUUCCUACCCACUCCUCGGCCCUAAAGACGAACUACGCGACCAAAUCCUGCUCGACCUACCCAAGAGCGUCCGCAUCCUCUUCAUCAGCGGCGACGAAGACGCCAUGUGCCCAAUCGAUACGCUGAACGAAACGAGGGAUAAGCUGACGGCGCAAUCGCAGCUCGUUGUUGUUACCGAUGCGAAUCAUGGUAUGAAUGUCGUGCCUGCUAGUAGGACGCAGAGAGUAGGAGAAGAAACAGGGCGUUUAGCAGCACGAUGGGUAGAAGGAGGACUCGUAGAGGACGAGGUGUUCAUCGAUGAGCUGGAGGGCGAAGAACCUUGGAAGUAG